AUGGGUUCGGGCGCGAGCAAGGACACGGGCAAGGAGCCAGGCAAGGACCCGGCCAAGGAGCCAGGCAAGGACCCGGGCAAGGACCCGGGCAAUGUCACUGUGCCAGAAGUGGCUCCACCAGCCAAACCGAACAUGGUGCUGGGGUGCUGCCAAGACGACACGCUUUCGAAGGUGGUGUGGCCCAGUGUGCCACAAAGUUGGCUGGGACAUGCUGGACCCGAAAACGAUACUUCGUGCGCACCUGUUGUGGUUUUGGACGUCGGCAAGGGCAUGGCAAAGGUCAAAGCUUGCUUCUUCAAGCUUUUUCCGCAAGGGCAGUUCAUGACUGCUGCUGAGUUUUGUGGCAAUGCCUCGCUUCUGGGGCGAUGUGUCUUGGUAAUUCACGGUGGUACAGAGCACCGGAAAUAUAUCCAGGACUCUGAGAAAGAAGUGCUCGUCAGCCACCUUGCCGCAGGAGGGUCUUUGCUAACAAUCGCUUCCGGAUCUACCUUCUGUGGCUGCAACCAAAACAGCCUGUGUUUGCUGCCGGUUUUUGCACAUGAUCGACAGCACUGGAAUCGAGGCACUGGGCAGAUCGACAUGGGGCUCUCCUCGUUUGGUCAGUCAUGCCUGGCAUCUCGAAGCUUGCAAGAAGGCGUCUUCCAGUCGCAGUUCUUUAAUGGCCCUGCUCUUGUUCCCAUGAGGGAAGAAGAGUAUCGGGCACUUGGUGGGCCUUUUGAUCUCGAGUGCGGAGUGGCGGUUCCUUUCCUAAACUACCAAACAGAGAUGAAUGAAUGCCAAUCGACAUCACUCUUGGGAAUGCCUGCGGUGCUUGCCGGCGAGGUCAAGCCCAGCGGCGGGCGUUUCGUGGCCCUAUCGCCGAACGUCGAGGUGAACACGCCCCAGUCGACCAAACGUCUCGUUCAGGCGCUUGUCUGUUGGGCCUCGAUGGGCAGCCCGCAGCUGAAAGAGAGCAGACGCUCGCUGGAAGCAAUCGACGCGCCUAUCUUCGACGGGAGCACAUUGACGGGUGCAAUUGGGGAUGGUGGGGCACUGAUCAAGCUCGGUCAUCCACCUUCCCUCCCACCAAUUUGCCAAAGGGGCCUGGAACGAGAAGCGUUCGUGUUGCCCACUGGCCAUAGACUUGUUAUUGUCGAUCUGGGUAAAGGCCCGGAUCAGCUUCAGGAGAUUUUUGGGCCAUUGGUACCCGAUGCGAGUCAGUGGCAUAUUGUCGAGCCGCAGGCCCUGCCUACUUCCCUGAAGCAGGGCGACAUCGUCUUGCUUCAUGGUGGCAUGGCAAACGAGCAUGCCGAGCGACUGGGCGCUGAGGGGCGCAGGGCUAUCCGACAGCACCUGAUUGAAGGUGGCUCCGUGCUGGGCAUCUGCGCAGGCGCACACUGGUUGUCUUGCAGAGAUCUUCCGCUGUGGGGUCAUGCCGUGCCAGUUGUGCCACAUGAUAAUGCCAACUGGAGGCGGGGCGUGGGCGACGUGACAGUCACACUCACAAGUGAGGGCCGGAGGAUGCUGGAGCUUGAAGACACGCCUUCCUUUUGCUUGCGGUAUGCAAAUGGACCCUUACUGGUGGCUUUGCCACCUGAUGUGUACAACAACUACCAGCCAGGUAGGGUGCCAGAAGCCAUGAUGAUGGACGAGACAGGCGUUCUGAAUAGCGACACCCUGCCUACCCCGCUGGCGGUUUUCUCUGAUUGCAGCGACGAGCGAGUGGAAGGCUGGAAGUCCAUGAAGGGGCAUGCAGCAGCCUGGGCAUGGCAAACAUCAGGCGGCCGCGCAGUUGUGUUGUCGCCUCAUCCGGAGUAUGCGCAGACCGAGAAGUCCCAACUCCUUUUUCGGAGGCUGCUGCUGUGGUGUCUCGGUUGA